CAGAACAAAUCAUAUAUUUUGCGGGAUGUACUAUAUAUAUAUGAGGCACGAGACGGCUGCCACAGUUAAAGAAAGCACGGUUCUUCCAAAUUAACGGGAGUAAGAAGAUUUUGCACUUCAUGGCAUAUUAAGCAGCGCAACUGGGAGCGCGUAUUUUUAUGGAUGUACCGCGUGAUAUAACGCUUUCGCCCCUGAGCACGAGAGGCAUUUUCUCACGUCUCUUUCUUGCUGUGUCAGCUGACGGAUUGCACCCAUUUAACCAUUUAUGCAACUAAUGUGAAAAGCAUAACUGGCGCAAGAAGAAGGUAGAGCAAAGAAGGUGAUGCAGAGCCGAUGUGAGAUGUAAGGUGUUACAACUGUGCUCGCGUGGAGGAUCAUCCGCUGCCUAAAAUAAAACACCACAACUGCAGUCCUCCUAGUUGAAGACACUGUAGUGUUACUGCUCCUUCAGUGCCAGGAAAAAAAGAAACCUCGCGAUUGGGAGCAGAAGAAGAUCUGCCAUCAUUAGGAUAAGUCUGUCAACUAAAAGGUCCUAUGAAGAUCGAGACCCCUGUCUUGGCUUUGGCUCGCAGAAAUGCCUAUGCACCCCGUUACCUCCACUUUCAUGUACAGGGGAAUUUGCACUAUUCCAGAUAUCCUUUCCUACCGGACCCCCAUUAACCUGCCGGAGGACGAGGUGGAGGAGAUUCGUGAGGCCUUCAAAGUGUUUGACCGCGAUGGGAACGGUUUCAUCUCCAAGCAGGAGCUGGGCAUUGCCAUGCGGUCCCUGGGCUACAUGCCGAAUGAGGUGGAGCUGGAGGUCAUCAUCCAAAGGCUGGACAUGGACGGAGAUGGUCAGGUGGACUUUGAGGAGUUUGUAACUCUACUUGGACCAAAGCUCUCGGCAGCUGGAAUGCCCGACAAAUUCCACGGAACAGACUUUGACUCCGUUUUCUGGAAGUGCGACAUGCAGAAGCUGACAGUAGAGGAGCUGAAGAGGCUGCUAUAUGACACCUUUUGCGACCACCUGUCCAUGAAGGACAUUGAGAACAUUAUCAUGACCGAGGAGAACCACAUAGAGAACCCAGAGGAGUGUCAGGUGGAUAUCGACACUAGCCCCACGCAGCAGGUCAAGCAGACAUGUGUGCGCAAGAGCUUGAUCUGCGCUUUUGCAAUAGCAUUCAUCAUCAGCGUCAUGCUCAUCGCAGCAAAUCAGGUGUUGCGGAGCGGCAUGAAGUAA